AUGGAUGUUACACCUUAUAAUCCUCCGACGGUUAAUGCAGCCCGUCCUGGUUACGGCAAGUUAGGCAGACCAGUCAAUUUGAAAGCCAACUUCUUUAAGAUUACUGCACUCCCAAAUCACAACAUUAAUCAAUAUCAUGUGAUUAUAGGUGAUGGGUCUCGAUUAACUCGUGCCUUAAUUAACAAGAUCUGGAAUUCGAAGGAAUUAAAACAGAAGCUCGGUUCAUCUUGGCAAUCUUGUGUCUAUGACGGAAAAAGUUUGCUAUGGACGAAAGAUGAUGUCGAAGAUUUCUUCAUCUCAGUGAACAUUGGGAACGAGAAACGAGAGCAGUUGAUCGACUUUGGCAUUCAGAAGACAACUACAAUCAAUUUGCAAACAUUGACGGAAUUUGUAAAUAGCAAGUAUGCCGUUGAUUCACACGUUUUGAGUGGAGUCAUGUUUCUAGACUUGCUACUGAAAAAGCGCCCUUCCGAGACGUUGUACGGAUUUAUGCGUUCUUUUUUUAGCGGGGAAUUUACAUUUGCGUUAGGAAACGGAAUAGAAGCCUGGAAAGGUUUUUACCAAACAAUUCGCCCUACCCAGGGUCAAAUGAGCGUCAACGUCGAUGUAUCCUCAAGUGCAUUUUGGAGAGAGGGUUCUUUUCUUUCCUUACUAUUGGAAUACACAAACUCGAAAGACGUGCAGAGCUUAGGUCGUGUUGAUUUUCAAACUUUGUCAAAAAGAUUUCGUUUGCUAAAGGUUACCUGCAAGCAUAAAAAUAAUCUAGGAACGCCUUUAUCCAAGAAAGUCUACUCAAUCCAAGGGUUUUCUUCCAAACCUGCAUCGAAGUCAAAUUUUACCCGCAAUGUUAAUGGCAAGUCUGAAACCAUUUCCGUUUCCAAGUACUUUCAUGAGCACCAUAAUGUUCGCUUGCAGUAUCCUAACUUGCCUUGUGUCAUUGUCAAAAAUGGAGCAAUGCUUCCUGUAGAACUUUGCUACGUCGAAAAAGGACAAAGAUACACAGCCAAACUAAACGCUGACCAGACUGCAAAGAUGAUACGUUUCGCUGCGCAGCGACCGCAUGAACGUGUUCAGCAAAUUCAGGGGUUUAUUCGACAACUCGCAUGGGAGAAAGAUCCUUAUUUGGCAGAGUAUGGUAUGAAAAUUGCAUCUUCCAUGACGGACGUUUCAGGUCGUAUAUUAAAUACACCCUCCAUCUGUUAUGGUGGUAAAUCUAUUGAAGUACCAUCGGGUGGAAGUUGGAAUUUGCGUGGAAAACGAUUUUUCAAGCCUGCUAGUAGACCCGUUAAGUCAUGGGCAGUCAUGUGUUUUACCUCGAGUCGAAAACUACCCACCGUAGUCAUUGAUAACUUCCUGAAAACCUAUGUGCAAUCCUUGACUGGACUGGGUAUUCAGUUCUCUCAGAAGAAUCCUCCUAUUAUGUAUGCCGAUAUGCGGGCAAAUAUUACAGACUCUGUGAAAGGUCUAUAUCGAAAAGCUGAACUUGUUAGUAAGAGCCCACCUGAUUACUUGUUCUUCAUUGUUGAAAGAAAUUCUCCAGAACCAUACGGCUCUAUAAAGCGCAUAUGUAACACUACACUGGGUAUACCAUCUCAGUGUGCCUUGAGCCAUCACAUCCAAGCGGCGAAACCACAGUAUUGCGCCAAUCUUGGGAUGAAAAUAAAUGCUAAACUUGGAGGAGUUAACACGGUUUUGCAGGCCAAAUCAAAUCCUCUCGGAAAUAUCCCAACUCUGAUUAUUGGAGCUGAUGUCUAUCACCCAGGUGUUGGAGCAUCAGGUGUAUCUAUCGCCUCGUUAGUUGGUUCUAUAAAUCUUGAAGGUAGUAAAUACACAGCGGUCUCACGUGCAAUUCCUCGACAUCAAGAAGUUAUCGAUAGCAUGAAGGAUCUGGUAGGCUAUCUCUUGCGAGGAUUCAGAGCUAGUACUGGGGCAAUACCGCAGAGAAUUAUAUAUUUCCGUGAUGGUACAUCUGAAGGUCAGUUCAAGUUUGUUAUUGAGCAAGAGCUUGGUGAAAUCAAAGCAGCUACACACGAGCUUUCACCCAAAUACAAUCCGAAGGUAACAAUUUGCACUACUCAAAAGCGCCAUCAUGCUCGUUUUUUUAUAAAAAACAAGCAGGACGGUGAUAAAAAUGGAAAUCCUCUUCCAGGGACACUAAUUGAGAGAAACGUCACUCAUCCAUUUGAAUACGAUUUUUACUUAAUUUCUCACCCAACACUUCAAGGCGUUUCUGCUCCCGUUCAUUAUACGGUUCUCCACGAUGAAAUCAGAAUGCCUCCCGAUCAGUUUCAAGCGUUGUGUUACAAUUUGUGCUAUGUGUAUGCGAGAUCCACUACCUCUGUGUCUUUGGUUCCACCCGUAUAUUAUGCUCAUUUAGUAAGUAAUUUGUCGAAGUUUAACGAUCCAACGUAUGACGAUACGGCAAGUGUCGUUUCAGAGGAACAUCCUGAAGAAAGCAUAAAGCCGUUAGCUGAGGUUUCUGGCAAGCUAAAAACCAAAAUGUGGUUUAUGUAA